CGCGAAACAUUUCUUCCACCAAUCUCUCUUUGCUUAUUUACCUUCACGGAAGAGAGUUGGGAGAACUUGAGAUCGAUAGCUAGAAGGGAACAGUGAGAUACGCCUCUGUUGAGAAGAAUGGAGUUGACACUGCCGGUUGGAUUCACGGCCGUAGCCAAAGGUGGUUUCAACUCUCUGUCCCCGCCAUCCCGACUGUUUCCGGUACAAUCCAUUUCAUCGAUUACCUCCAGGAAGGAUGGUAGCGUUACCCAUUAUCACUCUGACAAGCAGAAGAUCAAGAACAAAACCUCGCCACCAAGAGCUUCAUCUGCAGAAGGAGGAAUUCCGAAUGAAUUGGCUGAAGAAGAUUCCAAGUUCGUCCCCUUAAAUUCUGAUGACCCUGUCUUUGGUCCUCCUGCUCUGUUAUUGCUAGGCUUUGAAGUGGAGGAGGCUGCCAAGAUACAACAGCUCUUGCAAGAGAUGGGUGGUGAAUUCUUGAAGUUAGUUUUCUGUACGGAGGAUAUGAUUUCCAGGUCACUUUGGGAAGCAAUGAACACAGAUCAACCAAACCUAGAAGCAGUCAAGGUAGCCAAGUCUCUGCCGCGGAUUUGCUUCUUAUCUGGCCUUAGCGGAGAGGAGAUGAUGAUGUUCAUCGACGCUUUCCCGGAAACCGGAGUUGAAGCAGAAGUAUUUGCAGCUAUGGUUCCCAACAGUGCUGAUAAAUCCCUGUAUGAAUUAGUGGAAGAGAUCAUGGGUGAUCAUGAAAUGAUGACCAGAAGACAGUCUGAAUCAUUGGGAGCUCCAGGCGGCCUGGUGGACAACUGAUCGAAAGGCCUGCGCUUUACUCUUCUAUGAUGAGAUCAGGGUAAUUAAGAGUUGUAGAUCAAGAAAGUAAUGCUGCGGAA